ACUGGGCUUAAUGGACUGAACCUAUUUCCCAUAGGGGUUUUUCUUUCUACACUUCUUCCUAUAAGUCGUAAACAAGGUCUGCAUAUAUCGGAAAGCUUCACGGCCGCUGUCCGCCACUACAAACCACCAUGCCGAGAACAACAACAGUUGAAUCAACAAGCUGUCCCCCACUCCGUGCCCUUACUUUUGACGUUCUUGGUCUCAUUAAAGUUACUGAAGCUAGGAGUAGGCAAGGGGGAGUGCCCAAGAUAGUAGAAACAUGGGGGAAACCCGAUUCGUCUCGUUGUGUGCUCGCCGCUUCUUCCGAUGACCGUCAAAUUGAUCCUAUGUUAGCUGUUGCAAGGAAAAGUGGUUCUGUUGACUUGCUUAGCUUCAUCAAUGGUGAAACUCGAGUUUCACUUCCUGGUAACAACCAAGCUGAUGUUCAGUCAGAAGAGGAUAACAUAGUUGGGCUGCAUUUGUUUAAAAAAAAGACAUGCGAGUCAACAUCCAGUUCAUGCACCUUGCUUACAUGCACGAUGAAAGGUCUUGCAAGCCUAAGAUCUGUUACACUUUCCAAUUCACUAGGGGACUCAACCUCUGACGAUAUCCCAACAACGUGGAAUGUGUGUGCAGCUGGUAAUGUCUUGUGCUCUAAAGUUGAUGAAAGUGAAAACUACGCGUUAUUUGGAGGGAAGGGUGUAGAAGUUAAUAUUUGGGAUCUCACGACACACACAAAAAUUUGGACAGCAAAAUCACCCCCUAAAAACAGCCUUGGAAUAUUUACACCUACUUGGUUUACUUCAGCAACAUUUUUAAGCAAAGAUGAUCACCGCAAGUUCGUGGCAGGCACCAACAGCCAUCAGGUACGUCUUUAUGAUAUGUCUACUCAAAGAAGACCAGUCAUGUCAGUCGACUUUCGAGAGACCCCUAUUAAGGCAGUCACUGAAGAUAACGAUGGUAAUACAAUAUACAUUGGGAAUGGAUCUGGUGAUCUUGCAUCUAUUGACAUACGCACAGGAAAAAUUUUGGGAUGCUUUUUGGGGAAAUGCUCUGGAAGCAUCAGAUCGAUAGCUAGACAUCCACACCUACCAAUUAUAGCCUCUUGUGGGCUCGACAGCUAUUUACGCAUAUGGGAUAUAGAAUCAAGGCAAUUACUUUCUUCGGUCUUCUUGAAGCAGCAUCUUACAGAUGUGGUCUUUGACUCCCAUUUUGAUGAUGAAGAAGUUGCAGCCUCUACAGCAGCACCUUUUUUGCCUCCAAGUGAACAAAAUAUUGAUGAUGAGGUAGACAGAGACGAGGAGUCGCUGCGACCUAUCGUUAAACGGAAAAAGAAGACGUCCAAAUCCCGCACUGUUGAAGGAGAUGAUGAAGAUUCACAAUCUGCUAAACGGUCAAAGAAAGCACAAAACAUAAAUGGAGAAGGGGACUCUACCAAACGAAAAGAGGCCAAAAUAUCACAAGAUGCUGUCAAAAGCGAGGAAAUAUUCUCUAAUGAUCAGGAAAAGCCCAAAAAAUCUAAGGACCGCAAAUCAAAGAAGACAUCAAAGAAAACUAAAGGUGAAAGCAUUGAUGUAUAAUGAUAUACAAACUUAAGAAUAGCAAAGUUCUUGAAGGGAUUGUUUCUGGUUUACAUGUUCUUUUUUGGAAGAGAGGAAUUAGGUUUUUUUUAUAUUAUUAUUUUUGUAUGACUUGAAAUGAUGAUGUGCCCUUUUUGUUUAAUAGAGGAGGUUUGUGUUUUUUUU